AUGAGGUUUCUGGAGCAAAAGAUGCCAGCAAACGUGCAGGAUCUGCGACCCCUGGAGCAUCCCCUCAUGCAGCGCUUAGCCGCGGCCUCCAUUUCCUUCCCCCAGGGCGCCAGGAAGGUCCGGCUGGACGGGGACCUGCGGACAGUGCUGCUGGAGGCGCCGGGGCGCUGCGUCCCUUACGCGGUCAUUGAAGGGGUGGUGCAGUCUGUUAAGGAGACCUUGAGCAGCCAGUUUGUGGAGAAUUGCAAGGGCGUCAUUCAGAGACUGACGCUGCAGGAGCAUAAGAUGGUGUGGAACCGAACAACCCACCUCUGGAACGACUAUGAGAAGAUCAUCCACCAGAGAACCAACACCACCCCCUUUGACCUGGUCCCUCUGGAGGAAGGUGCCGGCGUCACCGUCCGGGUGAUGAAGCCGCUGGACGCCGCCGAACUCAGCCUGGAGACGGUGUACGAGAAAUUUCAUCCCUCUGUCCAGUCCUUCACCGACGUUAUCGGCCACUACAUCAGCGGGGAGCGCCCGAAGGGCAUUCAGGAGACCGAGCAGAUGCUGAAAGUGGGCACAGUGCUGACAGGGGUGGGAGAGCUGGUCCUGGAUAACACCACGAUCAAGCUGCAGCCCCCGAAGCAGGGCAUGCCCUACUACCUGAGCACCAUGGAUUUCGACACCUUGCUGCAGAAACAAGAAGCGAAUGUUCGGUUUUGGAAAAUCCUGACCGUCGUUUUCGGCUUUGCCACCUGCACCGUCCUCUUCUUCAUCCUACGGAAGCAAUACCGGCAUCACCGAGAGAGGCGGCACCUCAGGCAGCUGCAGGAUGAAUUCCGGCAGGCCCAGGAGCGCCUGAUGCGCGAGAUGAACAUGGAGGGCGGAGAGACGCUCAAAAACUCCUGCGUCAUCUGUUUGAGCAACACCAAAUCCUGCGUUUUCCUGGAGUGUGGGCACGUUUGCUCUUGCAGGGAGUGCUACCAGGCUCUCCCCGAGCCCAAGAGGUGCCCGAUCUGCAGGCAGGCCAUCUCCAGGGUGGUUCCUUUAUACAACAGUUAAAUUUCACUGGUGGGGGCGAGAGCUUUUGUCAUUAAAGCUGCCUCUCGUGCAGGAGUUUUCUCGCCUUGCUGCUUGGGUGGUUGAUUUUGGGGAAGGGGAGGGAGCUUGAGUGAGCGGGGUGCUUCGUUUAGGGCUCAGAGCUGGGUUUUAAAGGCAACAGUCCAGCUGCUGAGGACUCCUGUCACGCUCCGGGGGUUUUUUUGGGGCAGGAGACAAGGAGUCCUGGCAAAGGGUGUUGCACUCGGCUGGCAGAUGCAGUUUCAAGCUCUUCUGUUAAGAGUUGGCCUCUUGGCAUUUGUGUUGAAAUACCCAGCUGAUAAAAACCUUGUGGGGAAAUCAAAAAAGAUGUAUUAUGGCUUCUCAGAGGCCACGGAAUUCAGACAAUGUUGUCACCUGGCUCCAGGGACUGAGGGAGCAGGGUGAGCUUUCAGGGAGUUUGUGUGAACACAAAUAAUUUUGUGAUCAUCCGCAAAAAUUAGUUUGUGACUGACAGGACGCGAGAAUGGGGAGGUGAAAACGCUGUGGCUGAUUUUUUGGCUUGAGCUGGAAUAGAAAAUGGGAUGUAAAUUAAUAAAAUAGGACAAAAAGU